UAUAGCGUUUAGUAAAGAAACGACUUUGAAACGGUUACAACAGUCAACGACAUAACGAACGAAAUUCUCAUAUUUAAAAAAAGUACAAAUAAAUAAUAAAAAAAUAUUACAAAAUGAAAUUAAUGAAAAAUCCAUCGACCUAUUUCGUGAUUUUCUUAAUUAUAUGUGCCUGUUGCACCCAAGAAACGGAGGCCGUACGUCGUGUAAUGCGAGGACGUCGUACUUUAACCCGUAGAUAUUUCACUGGAUUGGCUAUACCCGGUUGGGCACUUGUGACUCUGAUUGGUAUUAGUGAACUUUUGCUUGGAGCCGUACUGUACUUUGUGCUAUAUAAAUUUGUCCUUAGCAAAGACUAUGAACCAACCACAAACACAUAUGCACCAGCAGCAACAAAUGAGGUUUAGUCGGUUGGAGCACAAAUAGUUGGUAGCCGGCUAAACAUGCAGAUGUACAAAGAGCAGAGGAAUAAUAAGCAGACAAUUUUAGAUACAUAUAUAUUUACAAACACACCUUAUGAUGUAAGCAAAUACAGAAAUAUAUGAACAAUGUCCACACAACACAAUAUGCAGUAACAUACAAACACCUCUGUUAUGAUAACAAGAAAAUAGAAAACACCUGGAAUCUAAACAGCGCCCAACUGCUGCAAAACUAAAUGCAACAAACAAAACUCUAAAAACCAAAAAUAUUUUUUUUAUAAAGAACUACCUUAAUUUGCCUCAAUUUAAAAGUUUCUAACUAUUCUAUUAAUUACUUACAUAUACACACUUGAAAAUUUAUAUGUUUUUCAUAUUAAAAUAAAUAUAAAUACAGAAAAAUA